AUGAAUCCUUUACACAAUAAUCAUAAUAAUAAUAAUGUUCACGAAUUCAAUAUUACCGGUGGAUCUAAUUUUCCGCAAACGACUGCAACAAAUGCUACUCAAGCGGGGCGUUUUUCAAAUAAUAACCGUUAUGUUCCUUCUUGCAACUGCAAUAAUGAUAUUUCCGUGUUGAACAAUGAUACUUCUCCUACACGGCAUUAUCAGCAAAAAAUUUCCUGUGACGCUUCAAACGAUAAAGUUGGUCAUCAAACUACGCCCAAUAACGUUUCCUCCCCACAUUUUUAUCCGCAAUACAACGAUCAAAAUUCUAGUAAUGCACUUAAUUCACUCGGAAUUACUAUAAAUUCUCCUCAUACAACUAUUAUUAUCACUAGUGAUCAAAAUUCUAGUAAUGCAUUUCCUUUACUUAAUUCACUUGGAAUUACUAUAAAUUCUCCUCGUGCAACUAUUAUUAUCACUAGUUCAGAUAUUCGAAAUCUGAUUCAACAAGAUCAUGCCUAUUCGAAUAAAUCUCCCUAG